AGCAGGCUCCAGGCUCUGAGCUGUCAGCACAGAGGCCAACGCGGGGCUUGAACUCAUGAGCUGUGAGAUCAUGGCCUGAGCCGAAGUCGGACGUUCAACCGACUGAGCCACCCAGGCACCCCAUUUUCCACAGUAUUCCUUAUCUUACUACCUUUCUCAUCUAGAAAUAGAAAAACUAAAUAACCCUCAGUUGAAAUAUAAGUACUUCAGUUUCCCAUCCAUGGUCUAGGUAGGCUGCAAGAAGCAGAAUUUAGGUAUUUAACGCUAAAUCUCAGACUUAGCUCUGAUGUUCACUUGUAAAUUCUACAUACAAUUUCUGACAUGUUUGAAAGCACUCAUUUCAGGCCUCUGGCCUCUAGAUGGCCCCCUAUCUUUGGGGAAUGAUGUGAAGUCCGUUUUCUGAGAAGUUAAAGUUGAAGCCAAUGAACUUUCUGGGAUAGUACAAGUUAUUCUGUAUCUUUGCUCAGAGAGUCCUGUUCCUAAAGUAUAAUGGAAUUGAAAUUCUCUCUCCUUUGAGGAGUCCCUCCGAAACCAAGGAAUAAUACCCACGUCACUUUUGCCCACACAUCAGGGCCUUUGAUUUCAUGUUAAUCCCUAGAUUUUAUGGUUUCCUUUAGCAUUUCUUGAGUUAUAGUGAAAACCCCAAGCAGUUCCUGGAAAACACAACCAUAACCUCCUAAACUCUGCCUUUAUCCAAAACACGGGCUUUCAAAAACUAUCAACAAUCCAGCUCAGAUGUUCCGUUCCCUUGUUGCGUAUUCAGAUGAUUACAGAGCUUGGGACAUUCAGAAAACGGACCUUUAUAAACCAGAGCAAACGUAUCAUCCCCCCGCCGUGAAAUUUGGAAAUUCAACUACAUUUCAGGAUGAUUAUGUUCCUCGGGAAAUACAGCCUCAGCAAAGCCUUAAACCCAGCCCUGUGAUCAAACGUUCUACUGUCCCUUUUAAUGGUGACACAAGUCACCGCCUUGACUAUGUACCUUAUCAGCUAGAAUUCAAGUUUUCAAGGCCAAAAGAGGUUUACAAGCCAACCACCCAACCCUUUGAGGAUCUCACAACUCACCGGUAUGACUUUCAGGGCCUUGUUGGCGAAUCUGCAAAACUCUGCAGACCUCCAUACACCAGAGUGACCCAAAAUGCUCAUUUUGAAGGAAGCACCGAAUUCCGCGAAAGCUUUCAACCAUGGGAAAUCCCCCCGCCUGCAGUCAAGAAAACACCAGAGUAUGUCCCUCCCACAGGCACCAUGCAGUUAAACAGCACAAGCCAUCUUGACUACGUUCCCUAUCAGACCAAACGUGUUGUUCCCAUCAGGCCAGUUUCUCAGAAAAGAAAUAACAACUUUCCUUUUCAAGGAAAAAGCACCACAAAGGAAGAUUUUCCAGCCUGGGAAAGCUGUCGUCAAGGACUUAUUAAGCAGCAGCAGCAGAUUCCCAACCCAUCUGGAAAAUUUGAUGGUUGGACCACUUUCAGGUCUCACUAUGUGCCACAUGAGCUGAAUCCAACACAGAGCUGCAAACCCGUGCACACUCCCGUGAAGAGUUCUGCUCCAUUCGAUGACACAACCAUGUACUGUCUAGAGUACACACCAAAGAAACGGGAAAUCUGCCCCGCCAGCUUUCCCUCUCCUCCGGGUUAUAUCUUUGAAAAUACAAAUUCUCGAGGUCAUCACUUCUUCCGCAAGAUCACACCCACGGUGGAGGCCUUCUAAUCAUCAAAUCACGUUUGAAAGGAAGCUAAUAGGAUAUUGGUUUUCUAAAGGCAAAGCCAAUUUUUUGGUAGUGAAAAUAAUUGAGGGGAGAGGUAAAAGAAAUCAUUUUAAAAUUUUAAACAAGAAAAUUGGAAAAUUACUUAUGGGAAGCGAGGACCUGAAAAUCUAUUUUGUAUUGAUCUCUCACCAAGAUUGUUCUCUACUCUACUAUUCUGAAAAUUGAAUUAACGGGCAUUCCCAUCUGAACGAUUUUGAUCCCCAACCUACCGUUUGGUCGCUUGUCUCUGAUCGAUUACCCUUUAUACUUACGCUUUUAAUUACGACAAUUACAUGGUCACUCACAACCUGGUUAUCAUGUGUCAAGUGCACUGGGACUGUCCAGCACACCUCUGACCACGACACGUGGAUUCCUCAUCCGGGCGACGGUCUUCAUCUCAGACUUCAGGGCAUGGACACCCUGCACCGUGGUUAGCGGUGCCUGGGGUGACUGCACCGCUCCUCACGAUGCUCAAGUUCAUAAAAGGAGCCACCGUGUGACCAGCAACGGCUCUGCGCGCGGGGAAUCAAGGCUCUGAGUUCGGGUUCCAGCGACAACAGUUUCUAUUUGCGUCACCCUAGGCCAGUGACGGGUGUCUCUGAGCCCCAGUGUCCCCAUGUGUAAAAGGACAUUUGCUCUGCUCAGCUCACAAACAUCAUUUCGAGCAUCAGGGCAGAUGGUUCAUCGAAACCCAAAAGUCAAAGUGCCAAACAAGUGUCAGAGAUUGUUACGAAGUCCCUCAGUCUCUCUUUUGAACCUGUUUUCUCCUUUUCCAAACGAGGGUCAUUACCUCCUCAACACUCACUUUCUGGCCGGAGGCAAGGAUUGGAAAAUGACCAAAUUUGCUUUGAGCUUAUGAGGAGUAAGCUUUCUGAGUCUUGUCCUCAAUCAAGCGCCUGAGAACCCGUUACAGAGCAUAGAGAGCUUGGACUAGGAGAGUCAUGUGGUUUGAAAGACAGUAUUUGUAGGAAGGAAAACACUGUGUGUUCGAGUAGUUUUAGGAAUGACCGAUGGCUCUGAAGAAUCUUCAGGGUAACCCCGGGUCAUGACGUACCUAAUUGCCAUGCCUGGAGUCAUGGUUCAGAAGAAGCAGCAGGCCCGGUCUGGAGCAUAAUUAUGUCCUUCUUCUCCAGCGUGAGCUAAGCGCUAAGAAGGGAGGGAAAGAAUGAUGUCAGUGAGUGAAGCAGAAAGAACAUAUUGCAUUUAUAAAUGCUGAAAAUUUCCUAACGAAUUAAACUCCUGUUUUUAUUUUUUCUUUGCUGGAUGAUUGCAUUAGGGGAGAGUAUGAUUUAUCACGAAGUGUAUUCUUUUGUAGCUUUAGAAUUCCUUCAAACUAUGUGCUUGAGAAUAGGUCCACCAAUGUUUGGUUAAAAUGUUUAUUUGAAAGUAGCUCGUGUGUAUGUACGUUUGUAUUGAUUAGUGAAAAUUAUGACAUGUAGAAUUCUGUAUUUAUGCAACAUUAAUAAAGCAUCAAUAAAAUGCA